AUGUCGAACGACGGCGAGUUUACCCGCACCCAGAUCUUUGGCACCGUGUUCGAGAUCACCAACCGGUACACCGACUUGAACCCCGUGGGGAUGGGGGCGUUCGGGCUCGUGUGUCUGGCGGUGGACAAGUUGACCGGGCAGAACGUCGCUGUGAAGAAGAUCAUGAAGCCGUUUCUGACGGCAGUGCUUGCCAAGCGUACCUACCGUGAGCUCAAGUUGCUCAAGCACUUGAAGCACGAGAACUUGAUCACCCUCGAUGACAUCUUUUUGCUGCCACUUGAGGACAUCUACUUUGUCACCGAGCUCCAGGGGACCGACCUCCACCGAUUGUUGACGCUGAGACCGCUAGAGAAGCAGUUUAUCCAAUACUUUACCUACCAGAUCCUCCGGGGGCUCAAAUACGUCCACCUGGCCGGGGUCAUCCACCGCGACUUGAAGCCGUCUAAUAUCUUGAUCAACGAGAACUGUGACCUCAAAAUCUGUGACUUUGGGCUCGCCCGGAUCCAGGACCCCCAGAUGACCGGCUACGUGCUGACGCGGUACUACCGGGCUCCGGAAAUCAUGCUCACAUGGCAGAAGUACGACACUGAGGUCGACUUGUGGUCGGUGGGGUGUAUAUUAGCCGAGAUGAUUGAGGGCAAGCCGCUCUUCCCCGGUAAGGACCACGUCCACCAGUUUUCUAUCAUCACCGAGUUGCUUGGGCUGCCGCCCCCCGACGUCAUCGAGACCAUCUGUCUGGAAAACACGUUGCGGUUUGUCCAGCUGUUGCCCCACAGGGAGCCGAUCCCGUUCUCGGAGCGGUUCGCCCAGUGUACCCACGUCGAGCCCGACGCCGUCGACCUUUUGGCGAAGAUGUUGGUGUUUGACCCGAAGAAGCGGAUCCUGGCGGCGGAGGCGUUGCAGCACCCGUACAUGGAGCCGUACCACGACCCCACCGACGAGCCCGUGUGCGAGACCAAGUUCGACUGGUCGUUCAACGACGCCAACUUGCCAUUGGACUCGUGGCGGGUGAUGAUGUACUCGGAGAUCUUGGACUUCCACCAGAUCGCCGGCGUCAGCGAAGCGUCGCAACAGCAGAUGCAAGUGCAAAUGCAGAACCUACAACAAAAAGUGGAAAACUAG